UGGCUGUAGGCUGUGGCGCUCGGCCACAGGUGGAGCUAGUUGACUCGACUCCAUUUGAGUGAACACAAAGUAAACUACACUCUUUAGUUGUGAAGCGAAAACACUGAAAUCGGAGCAAUAACACGUACGAGGGGAACGAUAACGACGACAAGAUUCUCCCGAUCGUUUGCUCUUGCUUGCCUGUGAACAGCAUCGGCGUGGUGUUAAUUGUUUGCCGUUUUCACGAUCGCCUCCUGCAUGAGAAUAUCACCAGGAGCUGAGUGAUGACUUGUAUUACAAGAUAGCAGCAGAGAUGAACCUCUCAGAAACUGCUUUCAUCACCAGGAUUAAUCCCUCUGAUAGCUUUACUACAGGAUCAAGAUUCCGCCUUCGAUGGUUUACACCAACUACUGAAGUAGACCUGUGCGGUCAUGCCACUCUGGCCUCUGCAGCAGUGCUAUUCCAACACAUCAAAAAUGUAAAUCCCACCCUGGUGUUUGAGACCAAAAGUGGAGAUCUUUCCGUCACCCAGAAGGAGGAAGGGUACAUCAUGGACUUUCCUCUGAAUCCCCCCACCAGAGUGGAUCCCAACGACUUCAAAGACACCAUCAAGGCGGCAGUCGGAAACCUCCCGGUUCAGGAAGUUUUAUUUUGCUACAACACCAAGAAGCUGCUGAUUCGACUGGCUGACAGCUGUGACAUCUCUGCGCUUACCGAUCUGAAAGUUGACACUGUGGCUCUUGAGAAUACUGAGAGAAGUGGAAGAUUCUGCGCCGUCAUCAUCACUAUGAAAGGAUCACCUGACUGCCAGCCACGAUAUGACUUCUACUCGAGAGACUUUUCUCCAUGGUUUGGCGUCCCUGAGGAUCCUGUCACUGGCUCUAACCACACAAUCCUAGGUAGCUACUGGUCUGAAAAACUAGGAAAGAAGAAAAUGCUGGCUUACCAGUGCUCCAGUCGUGGUGGCGAGCUGGAACUUGAACUGAGGGAUGAUGGAAGAAUCAACAUAGCUGGACAGGCCAUCACUAUUCUGCAGGGAACAAUCAAACUGUAGACUGAGACACAUCCAAGAAGACGGCGUCUGAUGUUCUAUCAUAACCAUUGUGCCCCUGCAGAUAGACACUUUAUGGCUCUUGUUUAAAAAUUAGAUGGCUAAAAUAAAAAGAAAAAACGCACUCAAGUCCUGACUGUUCUAUCCUGAAAUGAUUCAGCUAACAUAGCUUUGUUACGCUCAUUCAUUACAGCAAAAAAAAUUACAACCAAAAGAUUUUAAAAUGAUAAAAACAGAAACACAAGAACACAGCAGGUAAAAUCCGAAGAGUCACGAUUAGCCUUGUGGUCAGGAGAAUUUUUAACAUUUGCUACUUAAUAAUGAAUGGGGUUCAAUAAAAUGAAGUACAGCUGAUAUGGACUAAACUAAAAAAAUGAUACUGCAGAUUCGUUUUGAUCCUAAAUAACGUGUACAUAUUCCUGAAAUUAAAAGUCAUCAUGAUGA